AUGCUAUUUAUAUACUAGAUUUGUUAAACAUAAAAAUGCUUUGAUUAAGCGAGAUAUCCUUUGCUUAUCGGAGGAAAUUAAGAUAGCACAUCUUUCACAUGCUUGGAUUCAAAUUCUGAAGGAAGUACAGUAAUUGGUGGAUAUACAAACGACAAUAAAGUUAGCUAAUUAACUGGUACCAAGCCGCUAGUAGUAUUCUUAAGAGAUGGGAAAAUACAAUGGACUAUGACUUUUAACAUUCUAAAUUACUAUCAAGUGUCAGCUAUUGCAUUCUAGGAAAGUGUCGAAACCUAUAUUGCUCUAUCAUUAUAAACAGAUUCAUUAUCUUCUGAUCCAUUCAAUGUUAUGGUUAUAUCAUCUAGUGGAACUUUAUAUGCUUUCUUUAUAUCAACCUUCGGAAUACAAGGCACAGUUUUAUAACAUGGAUUGAAAUUUGAUGAUUCUUAAUAUAUCUAUCUUGCAAUGCAACCAGUUACUACGACAAAAUAUUUUCAAAUGGUGAUUACAGAUUUCACGCUUACAAACAAAAAUACGAAUCUUUUUAAAAAAUGGCCAUACUCUGGUUCCUAAGCAAAUACAGUAACAAUCGAUGUAUCCUAGUCUUAUGCUUACUUUGGAGGUAUAAUAAAGUCCUAAGAGGGGCUCUUUUAUAGUUCAAUUGUUUCGCUUGCUUCUUGA